AUGUCUGAUGGGCCUAUCUCACAGAAGUGGAGCACAACUUUAAAGGUCGCUAGUGUGAUUUUAGGAGUAUUGCUAAUUGGGCUUGCGAUAUAUAAUUUUGCCCUUAUGAUAACUGCGGAUGAUCCUAUUAGUGUGAUUUUGCCGAUUUACUAUGUGUAUAGUUAAUUUAGAAUUUUCGGAGUGAUGAUAAUAGCGGCUGAAGCAAAAAUUAACUGAAUUAUGAUUAAAUUUAUGUUUUUAUCUGGGCAUAUUGGGAAAGGGAUGUUUUAUAUUUUGUAAGUUUUAUUCAGUGUUGGGACAUUGUGCAUUAGAUCAAGAAUGAUUAUACAAUAUGUGAUGGCAGGGCUGCUAAUUAUUGUUGGAGUUGUAUACGUUUGCUGCUUUUGUGGAGCUAGAAAAUCAGAUCCGAGAAUGCCUCCUAUUGAUCAAUCUAAAAAUCAAGCUUAA